AUGUCGAGAAAGACCGCAGGGGCUGCUGUGGCCUUGGCGGCCGUGGCCGGCUUUGCGCGGUGCUCCGCAACGUCCACAGGCGCCGCGUUGACUGUGCUGGCCUCCCCCCGCGUCCAAGACCUCGCGCACCCGCUGCAGCGCGUGGCGUUUGGCUCGUGCAACGACCAGAGCUUUCCGCAGCCCCUGUGGCCCACGAUCGCAGCGCACAAGCCGGAGCUCUGGGUCUGGAUGGGCGACAAUAUUUACGCCGACAUGAAGGAGAUGGGUGAGCCCCGACGGUCGUUCUACACGCGGCCACGUGACAUGUUUGUUGAGGCGUCGCGGGAAGAACUCGUGCGCCGUUACAACAAACUCAUGGCAAACGACGACUACGCAGCGUUCGUGAAGCAGACGCCCGUGAUUGGCAUUUGGGACGACCACGACUACGGCAUCAACGACGGCAGCAAGUUGUUCACGUACCGGGACGAGAGCCAAGAGGUGUUUUUGGAUUUCAUUGGCGAGCCAGAGGACUCUCCACGUCGUCGACAAAAGGGCAUUUACACGUCGUACACGAUCGGAUCGGGAGAACAGACAGUCAAGUUCAUCCUUGUUGACAACCGGUACCACCGAGAUGUGUACGGCACAAAGAACGGCACGCUCCUUGGAGAAGCACAGUGGGAGUGGCUUGGCAACGAACUCCGGACAUCGACCGCGGCCUUCAAUGUCAUCGUUUCAGGAGUUCAGAUUCUUCCGGGCGAUCGCUAUCCGAUUGCUGAGUGUUGGGGCCGUUUCCCGAGCGAGCGCGAGCGGAUGCUAAAGUUGCUCUUGGCCUCGAACGCAAAAGGCGUCAUUCUUCUUAGCGGCGACGUGCACUUUUCUGAGAUCAACCAAGUUGUGUGCUCGAAUGGGGCGAACAAGAUCACGGAGGUCACCAGCUCUGGCAUGACGCAUAGCUGGAUGGAGUUCCAUGUACCAUCGGUGAAGUAUGUGAUGGCUUUGCUGUUCACGUACGCAAACUUUUUGCUGCCGUGGGAGUAUCGCUUGACGCAACAGUCGUUUUACGGCCAUCUCAACUGGGGCUCUAUCGAUAUCGAUUGGGACCGCAAGCCACACCCAGUCGCGACGGUGCAAGUCCGUGGCGCAGAUGACCAAGUGAAGCUUCAGCACAGUUUCCAGUCAACACCUUUGGGCUCAGCUUCUCCCGAGCAAGAUGCCAUCGAAUGCCAAGCAUCACGCCCGGUUGCAAGCUGGCAGCGCUACAUGUGGCACGGAUUGUUCGUCGGAACGGCCGGUGCUUUUCUGCUUUCCGUCCCUUGUCUUCUUCUCGUGCUCGCAUGGCUUUUGGUCAAAAAGGUUAAAACGACGAUUCGUGCCGCCGGUGUAGCGAAGAAACAAAGUGACAGCAAGAAGACUGUGUAA